CGCAAGGUACGCUGUACAGGUACUCAGCCCUGCGACUACUGCUCUAACGAAGGUGUCCGUUGUGAAUAUGCCGAUGGCGGGCCGAGACCCGGCCCUACAGACGAUCAAGGACAAGCUCAACACGGUGUCCACGCGAAGGUCUGGCAUGAUCCCCGCUCUCAAACUCAUCCGACCACCUCCCGUGACACCGCGAGCGCUGAACCGAUAGCUUCCCAACAUUCAUAUCGUCCAGAUGCACGUCAGCCGCAGCACAAGCCCAGUGUGUCGCGACCUGCAUCGCUUGAGCCUCCUCAGACUUUCGCAGAAGGGCAACACAUCGGACCAAGCGCUGGUGUUUCUUUCCUCUAUCAUGGUUGGUCACGGGGUGCGACCAGCGAGGAGGAGGCCUCCCUUCCACCGGCUCUCUUGACCUGCCAUGGAGAUAUUCCUCAGCCGCCGGCGAACAAGAACCAGCCACUCCCAACGACUGAAGAGGCCAGAAUCUUGGUAGAGCGAUACUUUCAAUUUGCAACUCCGACAUACCGCUUUCUCCAUCGGCCAACUGUGGAGCAAUGGACGUCUCAUUUGCUAGAGGGCCGUCGCAUGUCAAUCUCAGAGAUGGCUUGUGUUUUGAUAGUCUUCUCGCAAGCACUACUCUAUACAACGACUGGAGACAGAUAUCACUUCGACAAGGCUAGAUCGCUACUCAACCAAGAGCCCGGCCCAGGGAUAGUUUACAGCGUUCAGGCGCGUCUGGCCAUGUGCCUGUAUCUCCUCAGUACCUUUCGGAUUAACGAAUGUCGGUUCUGCUUUAGUUUGGCCUGCACCAUCUUGACUUCGAUUGAACUACAUCGGAAGACGCCGGCAACACCGAAAUUAGACUUGCUCACUUUGGAAUCCCGUAAGAGAACAUUUUGGUGUGCCUAUGUGCUCGACAACUACUUGAGCGUCAUGCUCGGGCGGCCACGAAUCCUGCACGAUGGAGAUAUUGACCAGGAAUACCCUCGCAACAUCAAUGACCAUGAUUUGCUAUCAUCCGAGUCCCCUGAGGACCUUCCUUUGCAUGGCAACCUAGAGGCAUUCAUUGCCCAGGCCGACAUUGCCAAGCUCAUGGCACGCAACAGCCAACUUCUCUACCCACUCCAGAGUCUGACCGAAAACGAAGUGUUUGAAAGAACGAACGAGAUGUUAAAAGCACUAAAUCGAUGGAGAGACUCGUUACCCGAGUUCCUCAAACCUCGUGACAAGACUCUUGCCGGCCAAAGAACCUUCGAACGCCAAAACACUGUGCUGAAGUUCGCUCAUGCUCAUCUACGCAUUUUGAUCACACGCCGCUGUCUACUAGCUGAUUUCAACCGCCUUGGAAGGAGCGCGCCGUCGAUCAAGGAUGAUCGUGCACUCAAACCCAUUCAGGAAUGCAUGACUGCAGUUUGCACCAUACUAAAUGCGGUACUUGACGUCAGAGAGAAGGGGUCGCUGUAUCAAAGCUUCUGGUUCACUCCGUAUGUUGCUCUUGUUGCGAUAUCCACCCUAUACGUCUUCAUUAUUCAGGAUAGCCGAUCAAUUCUGCCACAAGGACUUUUCCCCGAAAUCGCCACGUAUUUUGAGAAGGCCAAGUUUUGUCAGAAAAUCCUUGCGGCAUUGUCACCAGAGGGCAGUCAGGCACAUCGGCAUCAUCGGCUGCUGGACCGUCUCCGGGAUCGUGCAGAAAAGGAUGCUGCUCAUGCUGGACAAGGCGAAGAGCCUGACUCAGGUCUGGGACCCCCGCAACCCUCGCACAUGACUCAUAUCCCGGCAACUAAUCCACGUCUGCCACUCGGGCAAACCGGGUAUCCUGCCACACAGGUCGGCACAAGCAGCCUUGUAGUAGACCGGCGGGGAGGUCCCCACAACAGCGAGGCCACCUUUGACAACAACACUGGCCCAGUGAAUAUGAUGAUCGGUCAAUUUGCGCCCUCGGAGGACGACUAUAUGUUUCAUAAUCUCCUUUCCUGGGGCUGGGAAAGCCUGGACACGCACCUGCAACUUGAGAGUUCAUUAACCAUCAUGGCGUCCAUCGGAGUCAUGUCUCCUGUCUCUGCACUGCAGUAUGAGCCCAGCACUGCUUCGGACCAUGACCUACCAACAUCGUACUUGCCACCUCCACUGCCAGCGCCCAGAACCAUCACCGAACUACUUUCACUUAGAGCCAGCGAACUCCCCAACGAACCAAUUCUAGGCUAUCCGUCGCACGACCACGACUAUGUCGAAUACACGUUUUCAGACCUUGAGUCAUUUUCCGCCCGGCUGGCCGAGAUCUACUCCACAGUUCUUCCAGCCAGAUCCAGCUCGCAUCAGGACGCCCGUGUCGUGGCACUGCUUGGUUUGUCCAAUCUAGGUUAUUCCAUCACGGCAUUGGCUUUGUCGAGGCUCGGUUUUACAGUACUGUUCUUAUCCACCAGGCUAUCGGAAGCAGCGUAUUUGUCUUUACUGGAAGCUACCAAUUGCCAGCAUAUGGUGAUUCAUCCUUCCUUCCACAAGAUUGCAGCCAGUUUGAAAUCGUCACUACCUGCCCUCGAUGUCAUCGAGAUUCGCAAGCAGAGCGAAUACGCAAGCCCUCACGCUCCAACCUUCGGCCACCUGCAAACUCUCAAUCCGGACCUCGAAAAUAGCAAAAUCUGCUGGAUCAUUCACUCAUCGGGGUCCACAGGGCUACCCAAACCCAUCUAUCAGACCCACCGAGCCGCUUUAGGCAACUAUCAGCAGAACAUGAACAUGCGCGGUUUCAUCACACUUCCACUUUUCCACGCCCACGGACUAAGUAGCGUUUUCCGAGCCAUUACCUCGGUCAAGAAGAUAUACAUGCACAACGCCAACCUGCCAAUGACGCGGCAGGGCCUGCUUCAAAUCUUGACGAAGCACAAAUUCGAGAUAUUCUACGGCGUUCCCUACGGUCUCAAACUUCUAAGUGAGAGCCAAGACGGUAUCGACGCUUUGGCGGCAAUGAAAGUCGUCAUGUUUGGUGGCUCACCCUGUCCUGAUGCAUUGGGCGAUCUUCUUGCCAACAACGGUGUGAACUUGAUCAGCCACUACGGCACCACAGAGACAGGGCAAUUGAUGACAUCUUCGAGACCGCCCGGAGAUAAGGUCUGGAACUACUUACGCAUGCACGAGAAGCUGAGACGGUACGUAAGGUGGGAUGACCGAGGAGGGAAUCUUUACGAGCUUGUGGUGCUUGAUGGCUGGCCAUCGAAAGUGGCAACAAAUCGGGAUGACGGGUCGUUUGCGACGAAAGAUCUUUUCGAACCUCAUCCGACGCUCGAAGGGGCAUGGAAGCAUAGUGGCAGACUGGACGAUACGAUUGUCCUGACGAGUGGCGAAAAAGCCAUACCUAUUGCCAUGGAACAAGCAGUCCGCCAGAACAAGCUAGUGCAAGAAGCUGUCAUGUUUGGCACGGGCAAGGCUCAAGUUGGCAUGAUCAUCAUCGCUUCAGAUGCCGCAGCUACCCUCGAUCAAGCAGGACUCCUUGACGCAAUCUGGCCGACCAUUAAAAUUGAGAACCAGAUUCUUCCUGCCUAUGCGCAACUCGUGCGGGACAUGAUAAAAGUCAUUCCAGCCGGGACUCCCUACCCUUCGACCGACAAAGGCACCAUGAUCCGGCAAGCAUUCUACCGCGCAUUCGAGACAGAGAUCGAGGGGCUCUAUCAUCAGCUCGACUCAAAUGCAACAGGCGCACUUGUGCUCACUGACGUUCAACUGCGACAGUACCUUCGAGAAACCAUUCUCGAGCUAGCGCCGCAGGAUGACUCCUCCAGCAUCACCGACACGACCGACUUAUUCUCCUUGGGUGUUGACUCUCUCCAGUCUACAAGAAUACGCGUCCACAUCAUGAGAGAUAUCCAGUUGAACGGCAAUGUCCUACCACCGAACGUCGUUUUCGAGUACCCGACCCUUGCCAAGUUGGCAAGUGCCAUCCUGAGUAUUCGUGAUAGCAAGGUCGCUGCAACAAGAGACGUCACCAAGGAGAUGGAAAAUCGCAUUGCCAAAUACAGCGUCUUUCCUCAGCACGUUCCCGUGAUCCGGACGUCCAAAGAGAAAUGUGUCGUGGUCACAGGUGCGACAGGAUCGCUUGGAGCACACCUUGUCGCGCAGCUGCUUCGUCGAGACGACAUUUCCGAGGUCUGCUGUCUCGUGCGAGCCGAGUCAGCCUCCUCCGCCCACGAUCGUGUCGUCAAGUCCAUGAAAGACCGCGGCGUCUACGAGGACGAUGCCCUUUUCCAGACUAAAGUCACCUGCUAUGCGUCGGACUUUUCCAAGCCGGACCUUGGCCUCGGCGAGGCGAACUACGCAAGCAUUGCGAACAAAAUCACCGCUCUCAUACAUUCGGCUUGGUCCGUCAACUUUAACAAGAACCUUAGCAGUUUCGAGGCCGACUGUAUCGCUGGCGCACGGCGCUUGACGCUGCUGUGUCUGGCUGCUCGGCAGGGCAUGCCCGCGUCAUUCAAUUUCUGCUCGUCAGUGAGCGCCGUGGCAAACACAAAUAUAAACGAUGUCGUUUCGGAGGACCUCCCGCCGAACCUCGCGUGCGUACAAGGCAUGGGUUACGCCCAGUCGAAACUGGUGACUGAACAUCUCGUCGUGCGUGCCGCCAAGCAAAACGGCAUGGAAGCACGCGUUCUCCGCAUCGGGCAGAUCACAGCUGAUACCGUCCACGGUAUCUGGAACGAUACCGAAGCCAUCCCGCUCAUGCUACAGGCUGCGACCACGAUUGGAGCUCUCCCUGCCCUGGACGAAUUUCAGAGAUGGCUACCCGUUGACACGGUGGCCACGACCGUCACGGAUAUUUCGUUGUCCUCGACGAAGCAGCACGUGUUCAAUGUUGUCAACCCGCGUGCGUUCAAUUGGACGAGGGAUCUUCUUCCGGCUCUGCGCGGUGCAGGAUUGCCGUUUGAAGAGGUCGGGCAGAGAGACUGGGUUCGAAAAUUGCGCGCAUCUAAUCCUGAUCCACGGAUCAAUCCGACGAUCAAACUGGUCGAGUUCUUUGCGCAAAAGUAUGAUAAUGAUGUGACGGAACGAAAAGGGUUGAGAUAUAUUACGGCUGGUGCAGAAGGACUGUCACCUGCGUUGGGACUUGCGCCGGCGCUGAGCACGGAAUUGGUGGAGAAAUUUGUGGGAAGGUUUUUGCAAAGUAGUUGGAAGAAAUAA